AGCAAUCGAGCAAUCGACCUCCAACCAAAAAAAAAAAAAAGAAAAAAGAAAAAAAGCAGGAUGACGACCAUCAGACUAACCGGAUUAACAAUCAGCAAACAACAACUCAGAAGAACAAUCAACAAACCACACUCGAUACCAACAGCAGCAACAACAAGAACAGCAACGACCAUGUCCUCCCCAGUCGGACACAGACGACUAGGCAUGAUUGACCACCACCUCACAUCCCACAAACCACGGUCAUACUCAUCCUCUCCCACUCCACCCAAACAGCCCUCCGUGCUCACUAAAACAGAUGGAAACUUGCGGUCAUUGACGCUUAAUAGACCCGAGGCUUUGAACGCACUCAACAUGGAAAUGAUCCAGGAUAUCACCACCCAACUCCUCAAAUGGGAAAAUAGCCCAGCUGCAAAAAUCGUGAUCCUCAAAGGAGUCGGAAGGGCGUUCUGUGCGGGUGGUGAUGUGGUCUCUUUGAUCAAGUUAGCCGAAUCGGAAGACUCCACCCAACAGAAGAAACCGGUCGAGUUCUUCCGAGCCGAAUACACCCUCGACUCGUUCAUUGCCAAGAUGUCGACACCGGUCGUCUGUCUCUUAGAUGGAAUCACAAUGGGCGGCGGGAUGGGCUUGAGUAUGCAUACUCCCUUCCGAAUCGCCACCGAAAAUACCCGGGUGGCGAUGCCGGAAACUGCAAUCGGCCUAUUUCCGGACGUGGGUGCAAGCUUCUUCUUGCCUCGAUUGGAUGGGGAAUUGGGGACUUAUCUCGGUCUGACCGGCACAAGUUUAUAUGGAUGGGGCGCCUUUCAAGCUGGAAUUGCAUCUCAUUACGUUCCCUCGAGCUCGUUAGCGGCUCUCGAGGACCGACUGUCAGCCUUAUCAGCGGAUGCGACGCACGAGCGGAUCAACGCAGCGAUCGAGGAGUUUGCGGCGGAUCCGGAGGAGGCGAGGUCUAGCAGCUCUAGCGGCUCGAGCUCGUCGCCGGCCUACGAUCUUCUAGGGACCAAACGCCAAGCCAUCGACCACUGUUUCGGACAACCUACACUGCAGAAAAUCAUCAACCAACUGGAGGCCGUCCAGGAUGGACAUCUGUUCAAUGAGGACCCCAGUCUCAAAAACUGGGCCCAUCAGACUAUCGACUUGAUUCGCAUCAGGAGCCCUUCCAGUUGUUUGAUCACUCUGAUGGCCCUUAGGGAGGGUAAAAAGAUGUCGAUCGAUGACUGUUUUGCGAUGGAGAUGAGACUGGCGGCUACUUGUUGCGAUGUUAAAAGCCAUCCAGACUUUGUGACGGGUGUGAAGCAUCUAUUGGUGAACAAGCAGAAGAGUCGACCGGCCUGGCGACCCUCGGAGAUCCACGAGGUAGACCUGUCGGAGCUGACGACGAAGUAUUUCUCGAACCGGGCGGCAUCGAGUACACAUAUCGUGCGUCUAGAAGGGCUGAAGACCCAGAUGAAGAGCUACCACGAAUAUCCGCAUUCCAAGUACGGCUUGCCUUCGGAGGAGCUCAUCAAGGCCUUCGUCACCGGCGACGUCAAGGGCACCAGCGGCCAUCUCGCACUCACUAGGCAAGAACUCCUCCAGCUCGUGCUCGGACUCUACAAUCAUAAGAUCGGCGCGCAGGACAAGUUGAUUGACGUCUUGGAUAGAAGGACAGUCGUUAAGGGUCAGAAUCAAGGUUUUGCUCUUAAAUGGCAAUAUUAAUCUCUCUCUCUCUCUUGUUUAUUCUCAUUUUUUGGUCUAGUUCGGGCAGGGGGUUAAUGAUUUGUGGUUGCUUUUUCACUUAUCAAAAUGUUUUCUCUUUUUUUUUGUAUCACUUGAAGAAAAAUAAAAAUUCAUGGCCCUCUUUCUUUGAUGAUCAAAAUCAAAAUCAAUACGAGCGGCGUACUUUUGAACUUGACUAUGAUUGUUCAGUUCAUAUAACUCGUUUUGUGCAUCAAUCAGUGCUAUCACCAACGUCCCAACCUACGCAAACCUUGUAACCUCUAUCCUGUUUUUUUUUUGUUUUAUUUGUUUUGGUCUGAGGGUUAUUCAUUUCCAUUCUCUCUCUUCUCUUCUCAAAUGGUCAAUUAUAAAGAAAUCUAAAUGUUUGGAAUCAGUUUUUUUUUUGUGGUUAAAAGUAUUCAUGAUCAGCUGGACACUGACUGCAAUGUGAACCUCAAAUGAGAUGAAAAGAUG